AUGGCGGCCGGCGUGGCCACCUGGCUGCCCUUCGCCCGCGCGGCCGCCGUGGGCUGGCUGCCUUUGGCCAAGAAGCCGAUCCCCAAACCGCCCAGCGACAAGCGACCCCGGGGCGACGAGAUCCUGGUGGUGAACGUGAGCGGCCGGCGGUUCCAGACCUGGCAGAACACGCUGGACCGGUACCCGGACACGUUGCUGGGAAGCUCGGAGAAGGAGUUCUUCUACGACGAGGACAGCCAGGAGUAUUUCUUCGACCGCGACCCCGAGAUCUUCCGCCACGUCUUGAACUUCUACCGCACCGGCCACCUGCACUACCCCCGGCACGAGUGCAUCCAGGCCUUCGACGAGGAGCUGAGCUUUUACGGCAUCAUCCCGGAGCUGAUCGGGGACUGCUGCCUGGAGGAGUACCGCGACCGCAAGAAGGAGAACGCCGAGCGGCUGGCCGAGGACGAGGAAGCGGAGAGCGCCACCGACCUUUCCUUGCCGCCGGACAGCACCGUCCGCCAGCGGCUGUGGCGGGCCUUCGAGAACCCCCACACCAGCACGGUGGCCUUGGUCUUUUACUACGUCACCGGCUUCUUCAUCGCCGUCUCGGUGAUCGCCAACGUGGUGGAGACCAUCCCCUGCCAGCCGCCGCCCGGCCGGAAGCGCCAGCAGCCCUGCGGCGACCGCUUCCCCUUGGCCUUCUCCUGCAUGGACACGGCCUGCGUCCUCAUCUUCACCGGCGAGUACUUGCUGCGGCUCUUCGCCGCCCCCAGCCGCUGCCGGUUCCUGCGCAGCGUCAUGAGCAUCAUCGACGUGGUGGCCAUCCUGCCCUACUACAUCGGGCUGGUGAUGCCGGAGAACGAGGACGUCAGCGGGGCCUUCGUCACCCUGCGGGUCUUCCGGGUCUUCCGCAUCUUCAAGUUCUCCCGGCACUCGCAGGGCCUGCGGAUCUUGGGCUACACGCUCAAGAGCUGCGCCUCGGAGCUGGGCUUCCUCCUCUUCUCCCUGACCAUGGCCAUCAUCAUCUUCGCCACCGUCAUGUUCUACGCCGAGAAAGGGACCCGCAGCACCAACUUCACCAGCAUCCCGGCCGCCUUCUGGUACACCAUCGUCACCAUGACCACGCUGGGGUAUGGGGACAUGGUUCCCAGCACGAUCGCCGGGAAGAUCUUCGGCUCCAUCUGCUCGCUGAGCGGGGUGCUGGUCAUCGCGCUGCCGGUGCCCGUCAUCGUCUCCAACUUCAGCCGCAUCUACCACCAGAACCAGCGGGCGGACAAACGCCGGGCGCAGCAGAAGGUUCGCCUGGCACGGAUCCGACUGGCUAAGAGCACCACGACCAACGCCUUCCUGCAGUUCAAGCGGAUCGGGGGCCUCCAG